AUGCAGGGCGUCGUACGUGCUGGAGCCCGGCUGGCGGGACGGACGUCUCCACGCCAGCUGCUCGCCAGGACCCUCGCCGCUGCGGGCCCACGCGCCCUCGUUGCCAGCACGACCCCGCGCCGCCUAUAUACGUCGUCCAACGACGGCAAGAAGUCGUCCAUCUACGCCGCCUUCCUCAACCUGCUCGCCAGCGCCAGCUCGCGCCGCGAAGUCGACCAGUACCUCGGCCAGUUCCGCGCCGUGUCGCCGCACCAGUUCGCCGUCGUCAAGGUCGGGGGCGCCAUCCUGACAGACCACCUCGUCGAGCUAUGCUUCGCCCUGCAGCAGCUGCACGCCAUUGGCCUGUACCCCAUCAUCGUCCACGGCGCCGGCCCGCAGAUGAACCAGACGCUGCUGGACUCGGGCGUCGAGCCCGACUUCAUCGACGGCAUCCGCGUCACCGACAAGAAGACGCUGGGCAUCGCGCGCCGCCUCUUCCUCGAGGCCAACAUGGACCUGGUCAUGACGCUGAAGCGGGACUGGGGCGUCCCCGCGCGGCCCAUCACGGCCGGCGCGCUGCAGGCCGACUACCUGGACAAGGACAAGUGGAAGUACGUCGGCAACAUCACCAAGAUCAACCCCCGCGCCAUCAUGGACGCGCUCGAGAAUAAGGAGCUGCCCAUCCUGUGCUCCAUGGCCGAGACUGAGGACGGCCAGAUCCUCAACGUCAAUGCCGACGUCGUCGCAGCCGCCCUCGCCCGCGAGUUCGAGCCGCUGAAGGUCAUCUACCUGUCCGAGAAGGGCGGCCUCUUCAACGCCGAGACCGGCAAGCUCAUCUCCCACAUCAACCUGGAGGGCGAGUACGACAGCUACAUGAAGCAGCCGUGGGUCCGGUACGGCACCAAGCUCAAGAUUGUCGAGGCGAAGAAGCUCCUGGACGGCCUUCCCAAGACGUCGAGCGUUGCCAUCACACACCCGCAGAACCUCGGAAAGGAGCUGUUCACACACACGGGAGGCGGUACUCUGAUCCGCAAUGGCGGCAGCGUCAAGGAAAUUACCAAGUUUGAGGAUCUCGACCUCAAGGCUAUACAGGAGGCUCUUUCCCGGGACCGUGGGGGCGCCGAGGCUGGCAAUGCUGUCUCCCAGUACCUGGAGAACCUCAAGAGUCGUCCCUUCGAAGUGUUCCACGACGAUUCCAUGGGCGUUGUAGCCGUCGUAUACCCACCUGGCAAGGACGGCGAGUUUGCUCAGCUCUCCACUUUCACAACUACCCACGACGCUUUCCUUACCAACGUUGCCGACCUCGUCUUCGAGCAGAUCAAGCAGAAAUACUCCAAGCUGUACUGGGUCGUGGAAAGCCAAGAGCAGAACCUCGUCAAGUGGCACUUGGAGAAGACUGACGGCUUCCUCCGCCGCGACCAGGAGAUCUUCUGCUGGUGGGGAUCAGCACAGUCGUCCGAGAUCUUCUCGCUGUUGGAGGGCUACUCGAAGCAGGGUCGUGGAAUUCUGAAGGAUAGCUUGGAUGCUCAGUUCCGAAGGGCAGCUGAUUUCGUUGCAAGCUUGAAGCAAGGCCAGCAAGUCCGCAACUACUCCACAGCGGCCAGCCCGCGAACACUGGGUCAGUCUUCGAGGCCGACACUGAGGCAGUCCACAGCCACGUCCACAUCAUCUCGAGGCUUCGCAACUACCGCGUCACGUUCAUUGGAGACUACGAACCCCAACCCACCAUACGGCAUCAAGUUCAAGAGCAAGGACUGGCCAUCGAAAAUUGCUCUGAUUGGCGCUCGAGGAUACACAGGACAAGCUCUCAUCGAGCUCCUGAACAAGCACCCCAACAUGGACCUGCGACAUGUUUCUUCCCGUGAGCUCAAUGGCAAGAAACUCGAGGGCUACACCAAGCGCAACAUCAUCUACGAGAACCUUUCGCCCGAGGACGUCAAGAGAAUGGCAGACAAGGGCGAGGUUGACUGCUGGGUCAUGGCUCUUCCCAACGGUGUGUGCAAGCCGUUUGUCGACGCAAUCAACGAGGCCGGCAAGUCGGACGCCGUCAUUGUGGAUUUGAGCGCCGACUACCGCUUCGACGAUAGCUGGACGUACGGGCUCCCCGAGACGGUCGACCGCCGCAAGCUAGCCGACGCCAAACGGAUAGCAAACCCCGGGUGCUACGCAACCGCAGCCCAGCUCGGCAUCGCACCUCUUCUUGAGUUCAUCGGUGGGCAACCCACUGUAUUCGGCGUGUCCGGCUACUCCGGAGCAGGCACCAAGCCAAGUCCCAAGAACGACGUCGAAUACCUCACAAACAACAUCAUCCCCUACAGCCUGGUCGACCACGUGCACGAGAAGGAAAUCACUCGCCAGCUCGGCACGGAGGUAGCGUUUAUCCCCCACGUCGCCGUCUGGUUCCAGGGUAUCCACCACACCAUCUCCAUCCCCCUCAACCGCACAAUGACAUCACGCGACAUCCGCAACCUCUACCAGGACCGCUACGCGGGCGAGAAGCUCGUCAAGGUCGUCGGCGAGUCGCCCCUCGUCAAGAACAUCGCUGGCAAGCACGGCGUGGAGAUUGGCGGCUUUGCCGUACAUAGCUCGGGCAAGCGUGUUGUUGUCAACGCGACGAUCGAUAACUUGCUUAAGGGCGCCGCGACGCAGUGUUUGCAGAAUAUGAAUCUUGCGUUGGGGUAUGGUGAGUAUGAGGGGAUUCCUUAUUAG